AUGGCAUACGUGUUCCGUUUCAUCGAGAGCGUACAAAAGAAGAAUUUUGGACAGCACCUAAAAGCAGGGUUACUAACUCAGCGGGAACUAGCAAGAGCGGAGCUUGUACUCUGGAAGAUGGCACAAGAGGAUGCAUUCCCGGAAGAAAGAACCGUGCUGAAGACAACUCAGGGCAACCCAGAGAUUCGCCACGCAACCGUUUCUAAAUCGAGCAGCAUCUACAAAACUUGGCCUUUCAUGGAUGAGCAAGGAAUCCUCCGGAUGCGCGGUCGUAUUGGAGCUGCACCGUAUGUGCCAUUCGAAGCAAAGUGGCCAGCGAUUCUUCCGAAGUGUCAUCCAAUAACAACUCUCAUUACGGACUUCUACCACCGACAAUUUCGUCACGCAAAUCGCGAGACAGUUGUCAACGAAAUGCGGCAGCGCUUCGAAGUGGCCAAACUGAGAUCCCUCAUUCAAAGGGUUACGAAGAACUGCGUGUUCUGCAAGAUCACCAAGACUAUUCCAAGAGCACCAGUAAUGGCGCCUCUUCCCGAAGAAAGAUUGCAACCCUUUGUACGCCCUUUCACGUACGUUGGGGUAGAUUAUUUUGGACCGGUGCUGGUCAAGGCCGGGCGCAGCCAGGUGAAGCGCUGGGUAGCACUCUUUACCUGCUUGACAACUCGCGCUGUACACAUGGAGGUGGUGCAUAGUUUGUCAACGGAAUCAUGUGUCAUGGCUGUACGCAGAUUCGUUUGUCGUAGAGGGUCACCGGCAGUGUUCUACUCCGACAAUGGCACCUGCUUCCAUGGAGCCAGCAGGCAGCUUCAGGAAGAGAUCUCGGCAAUGAAUGAGACCAUGGCAACAACUUUCACGAACGCGAGAACCGCUUGGAAGUUCAUCCCUCCCGCAACUCCACACAUGGGCGGAGUGUGGGAGCGCCUUGUCCGGUCAGUUAAGACAGCGAUUUUUUCAGCACUGAAUAUUCCUCGAAAACCCGACGACGAGACUCUGAAAACGAUUAUCUAUGAAGCAGAAGCGUUGGUGAACUCUAGACCGUUGACGUACAUUCCGCUGGAGUCCGCGGAUCAGGAAUCUCUAACCCCCAACCACUUCCUGUUGGGGAAUUCGACGGGACUCCAUGCAGAAACCGAAGUCAUUGGAUAUGUUGGUCUCCGUAGUAGAUGGAAGCAAGCCCAGCACAUCACCGGGGAGUUUUGGAAGAGGUGGAUUAGGGAGUACCUGCCAGUGAUAACUCGCAGAUGCAAGUGGUUCGAGGACACCAAGGAGCUUGAAGAGGGAGAUCUCGUUCUCAUAGUUAACGGAACUGACCGUAAUCAUUGGAUCCGAGGACGCGUGGAGAAAGUUAUUGCAGGGCGUGAUGGGAGAAUUCGCCAAGCGUUGGUGCGAACAGCGACUGGUGUUUUACGGCGGCCUGCAAUAAAGCUGGCGGUGAUAGACGUCGGAGACAAAAGUAAACCUAUGGAGCCUUCAGGAGAUUCGGAACAACACAUAGGUUUACGGGCGGGGGUAUGUGACGACAACACUACUCGCAGCAGCGACGCCGUCGACACACUCUCCAGCAGGCCUAACCCAACGAAACUGUCACGGGUGACAAGCGAAUGGGAGAAAUGUCAAAUCGGUGGAGAAUGA